AUAAAAGAACAAACUAUUUGAGUGAAGUUUUCUCCCUUUUUAUUAUGAAGUCACUUUUGUUAUUUCUCCUUCUCUGUUCGACAAUCCUCCCAUUCGCAGUGGAGGGUGCUAUUCGUCGUUAUAAAUGGGAGGUCAAGUACGAGUACAAAUCUCCCGAUUGUUUCAAGAAGCUUGUUCUCACCAUAAACGGAAGAAGUCCUGGUCCAACCAUCAAGGCACAACAAAAUGAUACCAUUAUCAUAGAACUUACCAACCAUAUGCUCACCGAAAACGUAGCCAUUCAUUGGCAUGGAAUUCGACAGAUUGGGACACCAUGGUUCGAUGGAACGGAAGGAGUGACUCAGUGCCCGAUCCAACCGGGAGAGAUUUUUGUGUAUCGGUUUGUCGUGGAUAGGCCUGGAACUUACUUAUAUCAUGCCCAUUAUGGAAUGCAAAGAGAAGCCGGUUUAUAUGGGAUGAUUCAUGUGGGUCUCCCAGAUGGAGAACUCGAGCCCUACUACUAUGACUAUGACCGAAGUAUAGUCCUAACCGAUUGGUACCACAAGAGCGCGGCUCAACAGGCUACAGGCCUCGCCUCCAUACCCUUUGUCUGGGUUGGCGAGCCUCAGUCAAUUCUUAUACAAGGAAGAGGAAGAUUCAAUUGUUCAACUCCCGGGCUUGAAUCGGGUCUAUGCAACGCGACACAGCCUGAAUGCUCUCCCCAUGUAUUGACCGUGGUCCCGAACAAAACCUAUCGGUUAAGGAUUGGCAGCUUAACCUCCUUAGCCGCCCUUAGCUUUGAAAUUGAGGGACAUAAUUUGACGGUUGUCGAAGCAGAUGGACACAAUGUGGAGCCAUUUGUAGUGAAAAAUCUAUUCAUAUACUCAGGGGAGACAUACUCUGUUCUUGUAAAAGCUGAUCAAGAUCCCAAAAGAAACUAUUGGACAAGUGUCAAAGUUGUUAGUAGGGACAGCAAUACCCCUAAUGGUUUAGCUAUAUUCAAUUACUACCCAAACCAUCCGAGGCGAGCCCCGCCCACGAUUCCACCCGUCGGACCUGGUUGGAAUGAUGUGGCACCGAGAGUGGCCCAGAGCCAGGCUACCCUGGCUCUGAAAGGCUACAUUCACCCGCCCCCUCAAACUUCAGACAGGGUUAUCGUGAUGCUCAACACUCAGAACAAUGUCAAUGGAUUUAGGCGAUGGUCUGUGAACAAUGUGUCGUUCACUCAUCCCUACACGCCUUACUUAAUUGCUCUCAAGGAGAAUUUGCUCGGUUUCUCGCAAGUCGAACCCCCGAGCGGUUACAAAGCAGACUACGACAUCUUCGUCGUCCAAAACAACACGAAUGCCACGACAAGCAACGGGAUCCACAGGCUCGAAUUCAAUUCGACGGUGGACAUUGUACUACAGAACGCGAACACGAUGAACGUGAAUAAUAGUGAGACACACCCGUGGCACCUCCACGGUCAUGAUUUUUGGGUGUUGGGGUAUGGGGCCGGUAAGUUCGAUGUGAACAUUGACCCGAAGAAGUAUAACUUGGUGAAUCCAAUAAUGAAGAAUACGGUGGCUGUUCAUCCAUAUGGAUGGACCGCGUUGAGGUUUCGAGCUGAUAACCCGGGAGUUUGGGCUUUCCAUUGCCAUAUUGAGUCUCAUUUUUUCAUGGGCAUGGGUGUGGUAUUUGAAGAAGGAAUUGAAAAGGUAGGAAAGCUACCAAGUUCAAUUAUGGGGUGUGGUGCAGCCAAAUUCAAUAGACGUCCAUGAUAAAAAAAAAAAUGUAUAUAUUUUCAUUCAGGUUUUGGAUUAUGAUUGCAAAACAAUUUGCAAAAAAAAAAAAAGAAAGUGAUAUCACUCUCAAUUUAUUUGUAAUAUAUAUAUACUCUUCUAUUGAAUCUCACAUUUGAAAUUCAUGAAUAAACAGAUUUACGAUACAUUUAAA